AUGCUGCAGGGAUUGACACCACUGCUUGUUUGUUGGAUGCUGCUAUAUGGCCUCUAUUUCCACCUGAUGUCAGAGCAGUCAGCUGGACCUGAACAGUUUGUCAAGAAGCCCAAUUUCAUUAUCAUACUAGCUGAUGAUAUUGGAUGGGGUGACUUAGAUGUGAACCAACCUGAACAUAAGUCCAACAAUACACCACAUCUUAACCUGAUGGCGCAGCAAGGAUUGAGAUUCUUAGACUUCCACUCUCCGGCCUCAACCUGCUCCCCAUCCCGCGCUUCUAUUCUGACGGGCCGCUAUGGACUGAGGAAUGGGGUCACUCACAAUUUUGCAGUAGGCUCCUUGGGCGGUUUGCCUUUGUCCGAAAUCACUUUACCACAACUCCUACAGCAGGCAGGUUACUAUACUGCCAUGAUCGGGAAAUGGCAUUUAGGCCAUAAUGGACCAUAUGGCCCGACAAAAAGAGGUUUCGAUUACUACUUAGGUGUUCCCUACAGUAAUGAUAUGGGAUGCACUGAUGUACCUGGAUAUGAUCUUCCCCAGUGCCCUGCCUGUGAGUCAUCUCGACCUCGAAUAACCGGGUUGAGAAGGAGUCAACACAAAGGCAGAGACUGCUAUUCCAGAGUGGGGCUUCCUUUGAUUGAAAACAGCAGUAUUGUUCAGCAGCCACUCAACCUGUGGACACUUACACAACAGUAUCAGUCUGCUGCACUAAGAAUUAUACACGAUGCAAGAGAACGAGGUCAGCCUUAUUUUCUUUACAUCGCGUUAGCUCACAUGCACGUCCCUUUGGCCCCACCAAUUGCCACUUCGUCACUUGAAAAUCAAGUGUAUUCUGCAAGCUUGCGAGAAAUGGAUGGCCUUGUGGGGUCGAUUAGGAGUGCUUCACACGCAGAUGAUACGCUCAUCUGGUUCACUGGUGACAACGGUCCUUGGGAGCAGAAGUGCCAAUACGCAGGAAAUGCAGGACCAUUUAAAGGAAAGUGGCAGACAAAAAGAGGUGGGGGUUCCGCAAAGAGGACCACAUGGGAAGGGGGCCAUCGUGUGCCAACCGUGGCCUACUGGCCUGGCGUGAUCCGGGCAAACUCCACCAGUUCAGCCAUGCUUAGCGGUAUGGACAUUUUCCCAACACUCCUUUCCCUGGCAGGGGUGAAGCCGCCCACUGACCGCCGCUACGAUGGCAUUGAUGUCACAAGUGUCCUACUGCAUGGCAAACAGACUGGUCACAAGGUUCUUUUCCACCCUAACAGUGGUGCCGCAGGGCAGUUUGGUGACUUGCAGGCUGUUCGAGCAGGGAAAUAUAAAACAUUCUACAUGACAGGCGCUGCUCAAGCGUGUGGUGGUGCCAUAGGAACGCAGGAGCUCCAUGACCCACCGUUGAUAUUUGAUUUGGAGCAUGACCCGGCUGAGGAAACGCCCUUAAAAUUUGGAACACCUGAAUACCAAGUGAUAGCUGAGAGGGUUGCUCGCUGGAGGGAGGCCCUUUUAUGGGACAUUGCAACCGACAAAUCCGUGUCUAUGGCUGACUACACAACAGAUGAGUCGCAAGUGCCUUGCUGUGAGCCGACACAUCCGGUUUGCCGUUGCCUCUGA